UGUAGUUUUGAGCGUCGCAUGUCUCUCGGUUUACAGCACUGCAACAAGCUCGAGCUGCACAACCGGUUAGACGCCACCAAACCCGGAAGACACGCGUAUAAGGGAUGGGGAAGAUCUCUCUUCAUUUUACUUGAUCAAACUUUACCAAAAUUCGCAAAACUUCGACUCCUGUCAGUCACUUCUGGUCACACAACAGCUCUGAUAAGGAUGGCAGCGUCCGCGAUCUUCAUCCUGGACCUUAAAGGCAAGGUGCUCAUAUGUCGAAACUACAUGGGCAAUGUGGACAUGAGUGAGAUUGACAACUUUAUGCCCAUAAUGAUGAAGAGAGAGGAAGAUGCAGAUAUGUCACCAGUGGUUAUUCACGGCACUACCCACUACCUCUGGAUAAAGCAUAGCAACCUCUACUUGGUUGCAAUAACAAAGAAGAAUACCAAUGCUGCUCUUGUAUACUCCUUCCUGUACAAAUUAGUGGAGGUGUUCAUUGAAUAUUUCAAGUCACUGGAAGAAGAGAGUAUUCGAGACAAUUUUGUGACCGUAUAUGAGCUAAUGGAUGAAGUCAUGGACUUUGGAUUCCCUCAGACCACCGACAGCAAGAUCUUACUAGAGUACAUCACCCAACAGGGGCAUAAACUGGAAGUGGGAGCACCACGGCCCCCAGCUACAGUAACCAAUGCUGUGUCUUGGAGGUCAGAAGGCAUCAAAUACAGGAAGAAUGAAGUCUUUAUGGAUGUCAUUGAGUCCGUCAACCUAUUGGUCAGUGCUACAGGCAGUGUUCUGCGUAGUGAGAUUCUGGGCAGCGUCAAACUCAAAGUCGUUCUGUCAGGUAUGCCUGAGUUAAGGCUCGGACUCAAUGACAAAGUCCUCUUCGAGAUCACAGGCCGGGAGAAGAGCAAGUCUGUGGAGCUGGAAGAUGUGAAAUUUCAUCAGUGUGUGCGGCUCUCUCGCUUUGAGAAUGACCGGACUAUCUCUUUCAUCCCACCUGAUGGAGAAUCUGAACUCAUGUCUUACAGACUCAACACCACGGUGAAGCCUCUAAUAUGGAUUGAGAGCGUAAUAGAGAAGUUCUCUCAUAGUCGAGUAGAGAUCAAGGUUAAGGCACGCAGUCAGUUCAAGAGCCGCUCCACGGCCAACAAUGUGUCCAUCUUAGUUCCUGUUCCUAGUGAUGCUGACUCCCCUAAAUUUAAGACCACCACUGGCCAGGCUAAAUGGGUUCCUGAGAAGAGUGCUGUAGAAUGGAACAUUAAGUCCUUCCCUGGCGGGAAAGAAUUCAUGAUGCGAGCUCAUUUUGGACUGCCAAGUGUGGAAAGCGGUGAACUCGAGGCCAAGCCACCAAUCACAGUAAAAUUUGAGAUUCCUUACUUCACAGUGUCAGGCAUUCAGGUGCGAUACUUGAAGAUUAUCGAGAAGAGCGGAUAUCAGGCAUUACCAUGGGUGCGUUAUAUUACUCAGAGUGGAGAUUAUCAACUGAGGACCAACUGAGAGAGGACAGCACCUGUGCAUGUUGUGUGUUCUGUCUGUCCUUUUCCAUCUGUGAGACAGCUACUGCUUUUCACACAGCAGUUGGACUACUAUUGCUUUUGUCAGGUUUUACAAAUUAAACAAGGGAGUCAGAUCGCAAAGUUACUGAGAAGCCCCUAUGAAACAAUGGUUUCGGGUUUAAACAAUUUUGGGUUAUAAUCCAAAGGCGGUAUUACAGAAACCUACUAGAAUCUACCUAUAUAUGUUCUAUUUAAAAAGAAAGAUUUUCACCCACAUGUCGUUCCAAACCUUUCUGUAUUUCUUCAUUUUAUUUAAAUGACUGGUAACACUUUACAAUAAGGUUCCAUUUGUUAAUGUAUUAACUAACACGUAAAAA